UCCCAAUGACAUCACACUCGUGCAUAUGUUUUUAAAGAAUGCACAUUAUGAACGCUAUAACUGCUUAACGAAACACAUUGUUCCUGAAACGAAAACCACGAACAAGUUAUUGUCUUAAAAUGUUAUUAUUAAAAAAAUUUGACGUUUACUUAUUGCCACUAUGCAUAUUGCACUUCGUCGGUCUUCGUGCAACUGCAGGUCAACUGGUACGGACUAGAUAUGAAAAGAACAGGAGACAGGGGGAUCAAUUAUGCCGCCAAUAUACAGAAUGUGUUUUUAGGUUCGAAUGUGAUAUACGUUGGGAAUCACAAAAUCAACAAAAAUGUAGUUUGGGAAAUGAUCUCAUCAUAUUUGACAUUGCGUCUAUAUUUUUCAGAUACUCGAAAGAAAAUGUCGUUGUUAGACUCGGUGAAUAUGAUUUCAACAUUGAUAACGAGACACAGUACAUCGACUACAGAGUAACAGACAUUAGAAUACAUCCAGAUUAUGACCAUGCUACGCACGCCAAUGACAUCGCCAUAGUGAGGUUGAAUAGACCUACAAUUUACAAUUCGUUUAUUCGACCUAUUUGUUUGCCCAAAACAAAUAUGCAGGUGUACAACAGGAACGCCGUCGUUGCCGGUUGGGGGCAAACAGUUUACGGCGGUAAGGUCAGUAACGUUCUCCAAGAAGUGACAGUGCCAAUAUGGGAACACGACCAGUGCGUCUCAGCUUUUUCACAGCCAAUAUCCAAAACAAAUCUCUGUGCUGCGUCCUAUGAAGGGGGCAAAGAUUCCUGUUUGGGCGAUUCCGGUGGUCCGCUGUUAAUGCAAAGGCAUGAUGGAAAAUGGACUAAUGCCGGAGUGGUGUCUUGGGGCAUUAAUUGCGGAGGAAUUGGAAUUCCCGGCGUUUACACAAAAGUCACUUCUUACCUCAAAUGGAUAGCUGUGAACGCACAAGAUAGAAAUGUUAAGCGUUUUUAUUUUUUAAUACCGGGCAUCAAGUCCUAUACAGUAUCAUAUUUAAUUGUGUACAUUAUGUUUUUUAGAUAUACUAAACAAAAUGUUGUUGUUCGACUUGGUGAAUAUGAUUUCACCACAAAUAACGAGACAAAAUACAUUGACUACAGAUUAACAGAUAUUAGAUCACAUCCAGACUAUGAUCAUGCUACGCACGCCAAUGACAUUGCCAUAGUGAGGUUGAAUAGACCUGCAAUUUACAAUUCGUUUAUUCGACCUAUUUGUUUGCCUAAAACAAAUAUGGAGGUGUACAAAAAAAAUGCUGUUGUUGCUGGUUGGGGCCAAACAGUUUUUGGCGGUGAAGUCAGCAACGUUCUCCAAGAAGUGACAGUGCCAAUAUGGGAACAUGACCAAUGCGUCUCAGCUUUUUCACAACCAAUUUUCAAAACAAAUCUUUGUGCUGCUUCRUAUGAAGGGGGCAAAGAUUCCUGUUUAGGAGAUUCUGGUGGUCCGCUGUUAAUGCAAAGACAAGACGGAAAAUGGACUAAUGUUGGAGUAGUGUCUUGGGGUAUUAGCUGUGGAGAAGUUGGAUAUCCCGGUGUUUACACUAAAGUUACUUCAUAUCUCAAAUGGAUAGCUGUGAACGCACAAGAUGUCAUCUGAUGACUGACCUGCUUACAUUAAGAUAAACAGAAGUAUUAUACAAAUGUAUUUAAAUAAUUGUAAUUUUAAUUUUAAAAGUUAACAAUUGUAUUUAUAUAAAAAUAAAUAACUAAACAAUAAUUUAAAUAAUGAAAAUAUAUUUUAUCAAAUGUGAAAAACUAAUUACCUAGUCAUUAGUCACUACGAUGGUGAUCUGCAUGUCAUAGAUGACGACCAUAGUUAAUACUAUUUACCACAAUUUGAGAAAUCUUAAUAGAGGAUAUUUUUUCAACUAUGGAAGUKCUGUACCUACUAAUAUAUUAUAAGAUGAUGAUACUAUAACAUUAUAACUUUUAAUAUAGUAGUCUUAUAUUCAACAGAUUAUAUUACAAUACACGUUCAAUUGUUCAAAAGAUAUCGUAGAUAUUUAGCCAUAAUGAAAGAGACGAUUGUACAUGCUCAAACUGUUUAAGCUUAUAGACAUACCUAAYACGAUAAUUUACAAAUGCAAAUAAUUUAUCAAUUAUUAUCUUAUAUUCUUAUG